GGCGCUGCGCAGUGACGUCAUCAUUCCGCGCCGAGAGGACGACGAGGCGUGUGCGGACCGGUGCCGCUUUCGGCUUCUCCCUGCCGGGCUGGCGGUGGUGCCCUGAGGGAACAUGGAUUCACAGAAGGACGUUCAGCCUCCAAAGCAGCAGCCAAUGAUUUACAUUUGUGGAGAAUGUCAUACGGAAAAUGAAAUAAAGGCAAGAGAUCCAAUCAGAUGCCGAGAAUGUGGGUACAGAAUAAUGUACAAGAAAAGAACAAAAAGAUUGGUGGUUUUUGAUGCCCGGUGAUUUGACUUGAAGAUAUAUUAAUUUUAUACUUCAGUAUUUCUGGCAACUUUGCUCUGUAAAUCCAUUGGUGUAUAAAUGCAUAAUUUUCUGGUUUAAGAUAUUGAACUAUUAAACUUUACUGUGAUAUUA